UUUGUGUUUUGAGUGAUAACCGAAACAAAUCAAAGAAAGAAAGAAAAGUUUUGUGUGAAUUCAAUCAAAUGGGAAGCAAUAUAUUGAGCUCUAAGUCAGACAUUGAAGAAGGUUUGGAUGUCCACCCAAACCAAACCUCCAUCAGCUCUAUUGAUAACGAUUUCAAAGAAGUUAAUGAGUUACCAGUAGUGGACAUAGAAAGUAGUAAUUGGAAAGGAGUGACAAUAGCAGUGAUGGUAAUCCUAGCCAUUUGUGGUGCAAUUGUAUCAUCAGUUGUAUUGAUAAAUCCUGACAUACAAACCCAAUUCAGUGCCAAAACAUAUAAAGAGAAAUUAAAAUUGGAUCAGAUUUUGCAGGGGGUUUACUCUACCAGUGCUUUCAAUGGCAGUUGGAUUAGUGAUUACGAACUCAUCUUUAGAGACAUUUCGGGAAAUUUAGUGAAAUUAAAUUUGAAUGAUUCGCCUCCGACUACCAUAACAUUAGUUCAUAACUCGGUUUUUAGACAAAAUGUAGUACAAAAAUAUUCAUUAUCAACGGAUAAAAAUUAUUUGUUAUUAGUUUAUGACAUGAAAAAACUCUUUCGACAUUCAUAUAUAGCUAAACAUAAAAUAUAUAACAUUUCUUCCGAAGAUACAGAAAUACUGUAUCCACCCAAUGAUCAAACCAUAACAGAUCUACAGUUUGCCAGUUGGGGUCCAAAGCCUAACAGUUCACAACUUAUUUUUGUUGCAAAAAAUACCAUUUACUAUAAAGAGAGUGUAUCAGCAAAAACGGCAAAAAUUGUAAUUAAUGGCAAUAAUUUGGAAAACAUAUUCAAUGGUAUUCCCGAUUGGGUUUAUGAAGAGGAAGUAUUGUCGUCGAGUAACGCCAUUUGGUGGUCACCCGACGGAUCAAAGAUUUGUUUCGCACAAUUCAAUGAUACUAACGUCGAUGUCAUGCAAUAUCCCUGGUAUGGCACCGGAAUCGACAAUUCAAACUUAUAUACAAAAACUAUUCAAAUAAGAUAUCCAAAAGCCGGUAGAGCUAACCCAAAGAUAAAAUUAUUUGUCGCCAAUUUAGAUAGUGAUGAACCCUUCCGUUCAUUACAAGAAGUCAUACCUCCGACCCAAAUAACUAAUGACGAUUAUUAUUUUACAUCAAUUUCAUGGAUCGACAAUCAAAAGCUGUCGGUGACGUGGCUUAAGAGAGUACAAAACUAUGCUAUUGUAAGCAUUUGUUUGAAUAACCAGAGGAAUUGGAUCUGCAAUUUAAAUUUGGUCCAACAAAGUGAGGGCAAAGGUUGGGUCGACGCCUCUGAAGCUCCUCUUUUCUCAGGCAAUGAUUAUUUUGUAAGAUUGCCUAACAAUCAAACCAAAGAAGAGUAUCGACACAUCGCUCGCGUCACACAAAAGAUGGGCGAACCAACCUUUAUAACGGAAGGACUGUUUGAUACUUUACAACUGUUAGCCAUAAGCCGUAAUGAGAUAAGUGGUGUUCAAUAUCUGUAUUACGCGGCCACAGGACCGGCAAAACCAGAAGAAAGACAUAUAUUUAAAGUGAUGAUUACGAGCACUAAUACUAAGACAUCAUCUCAAUGUUUGACCUGUAAUUUGGGUGACAAAUGUCUCCACAAUUCAGCAAUUUUUAGUCAAAAUGCAAAGUAUUAUAUUCUUGAAUGCAAUGGUCCGGACAUUCCUAAUAUAGAAUUACGAAAAUCUGAUGACAACUCAUUGAUUAAAACUUUACAAACAAAUGAUCGCUUAAAAAAUUUGUUGUCUAAUAAAAUUUUGCCAAAAAUUGAAAAAAUGGUUAUUCCUAUCCAUAAUAAUAAUUUGUCAGUCAUGUUAUAUAUACCGCCUGAACUCAACAAACACCAGAUCGUAAAGUAUCCACUUUUGAUUCAGGUUUAUGGAGGUCCCGGUUCCCAAAUGGUGACCGAUAAGUUUCAAGUUAAUUGGGGUACAUAUUUGGCCUCAACUAAAAAUAUUAUAUAUUGUUAUAUUGAUGGCCGCGGAAGUGGUAAUCAAGGAGACCGACUGAUGCACCAACUCUACCAUAAUUUGGGAACUGUUGAAGUGGAGGAUCAAAUAGCAGUGGCAAAAUAUUUACGCGAUAAAUAUAAUUAUAUCAAUAAGGAUGCCAUAGGAAUCUGGGGCUGGAGUUAUGGAGGUUACGCCACUGCAUUGGCGCUGGCAAUGGAUGUAAACAAUCCGGUAUUUUCCUGUGGAGUAUCUGUAGCACCGGUCACUUCAUGGCUUCUCUAUGAUUCAGUUUAUACUGAAAGAUAUAUGGGUUUACCUAAAGAUAAUAUGGAAAGCUAUUUGAAAUCUGAUGUUUUGAACAGAGCUCACAAUUUUAAGGGUAAAAAAUUUCUACUAUGCCAUGGAUCAGCUGAUGAUAACGUGCAUUUACAACAGUCAAUGGUGUUAAUGAAGGCACUGACCAACGCUAAUGUCAUGUUUCAGACACAGGUAUAUCCAGAUGAGAACCAUUCACUAUCGGGAGUGAAACCACAUCUCUAUCAGACAAUGGAAACCUUUUGGGACGAAUGCUUCCAAACGGAAACUUUUGUCGAAGACAUUGGUCUUCGGAGACGACGUGUUGUCAAACAGAGUCAGAGCUUAUAAAUAGUUUAAUAUUUUUAGAGUUAAUGUUUUUAAAAAAAUCAUAC